CAGAGUGUUGGCCAGAGCUUCAGGAUGAACCAUGACAUGCUCAAACCAAUUUGGGGCAGAUAGUGACCUUCUCCUACUGUCUGCUGUGUCUUUGCAAUUACCUGAACAUCUGUGGCUCCACCCCAGGAGGUGGCAUAUGAAAAAGUUGGGGUACGAUGUAUAUAUCAAACCCAUGGUUAAGCAGGCAACUUACUCCAUGUGAUUUGUGGGAUGGGGCCAGGUUGGGCUCCAGUCCCUUCAGAGUACUCUAUUGGAACAUUCUUUCCACACACGUUUGCUCCAAACAACGCACCUCCUCGAGAGCUGACACAUUGGUUGUGUAAUGAAGAUGAAAGGACAGCAUAACUCCGCCGCCGCGAGGACCUGUCUUCGGUUAUUCACGGUCGGUCUGGAAUGUGCCAAACGACAAUAACAACCAGAAGACCUAAUUUUUGAAAAAUUUGUUACGAAUUAUUUUCACUUUACCGUAUUAAAUCAGGAUCGACAUGGAGUAAGGCAGUGAUGCACUACUCCAGCUACAGCGGACAUAACAAUGAAACUGAGCGAUAUGACUGAUCAUGUCUGAUUGAGUGUUUGAAAUGGCAACCCAAGUUGGUAGAAAAGAUGCUGUUGCACAGUUGAUCCCUGGAACUCAACUAAAGGGAUCGCAAGGACGAAUAUGGAAAGUCGGGGACAAAAUUGGACAGGGGCAAUGUUGUGUAGCUUACAGUGGUACCUUGAUGGGAGAGGACAUCCAUUCCGCUGUGAAAGUCUUUAACCCUCAACUGAAUUAUUCGGCAGCAUGUCAAAGGGAGGCAAGGCUGUUGGAUAUCCUGCAUCGAGGAACUGGAGGAUCAAAAUUCCUAGUUAAGAAGUUUGAUGAAUUUCGUCAUAAUCAAAGUGAGGUGUUGGUGUGCGAACUGCUUGGAGACAGUUUGCAGAUACUUUUAGCCCACCACGUGGAUGAGAAGAUGUCUUUGUGGAUGAUACAAAAGCUAUUGUUGGAUAUCUUUAGAGGUCUAGAGAUUCUCCAUACUCGUGGCUUUGUGCAUGCUGAUAUCAAACCAGGCAAUAUCCAUUGGUGUCCAAAGGAGUAUUGUGCCAAGCUCAUCGAUUACGGCCUCACCUUUCACAUUCAGGAUAAGGUGAAAGGAGCAGUGCAAAGUACACAUUAUCGUGCCCCAGAAUCUGGUAACAUUGUUGGUGCUUGCAAUGUUGAAUCUCAGACAACAGCUGGUCAGACUAUGGAAGCUUGUGAAGUAAAGAGUGCAGGAGCUGGUGCUAUUCAUGGAAUAAUUGAUUUAGAUCCUGCAAUUAUGCCAAGAAAUUCCAACAGCAAUAUAGUGGUGAGUGGCGUUAAAAGUGACCAUUGUAAAGACUCUCAUGCCGAGGGCCAAAGUGGGACCUCAGGAACUGUGAAAAUGAGGAGGAACAGGGGCAUUGUUCAUCAUAAACCGAGUGCUUCAUCAAUGGGUGUUGCUGGAGCUAACACUUCAUACAGGAAUAUCAGUGAGGCGAACAAUUGUGAGUCUGGUCAAAAUCAAACAAAUGAUAAAGAUUCUUAUCCUGAUCAUCAUCAUAAACUCACUGAACCUGAUAAAUUUGAACAUCAACCAGGCCUUCCUAGUCUAAAUACUUCAAGUAAUAAGAAUGUGUCAAACCGCCGUGGGGUGGUUCACCACAGGCCUGAACAGGCAGCGUCUUCUAGUGGUGUGACAGACACGAAACGGUAUUCUCUUAAUCAAGGUGCUAGUACAUGUAGUAGAUAUGGUACUUAUAUGCACUUAAAACAAUAUUUUCCAAGUGCUGAAAUGGGAUUUCAGUCUGUUGGUUUCGAGGAUAUCCUUUCUCAAGAAAAUAACAAAUCUACCACAGACUCCAAGAUGAUGGCAAAUGUGGAUUACAGUAACCUGUUUGUAACACCGAGUAAUGAUUAUUCUGCACUUACUGAACUAACCAGGGUUGCAAGGACUGUUUGUAAUUGUGUUACAUGUGGUCGCCAUCUCAGCUGCGCUAUUGAUAUCUGGAGUGUAGGAUGUGUUAUUCUCAAGAUGUUCUUAGGCGGACAGGGACUUCCUUUCAGUGGGAAACCAAAAUGUGAGAACUGUCUGGGUCACAGCUUACAGAUGGCAUGUAAAGUUUCGGUGGAUGCUGGUAGAUUGAUCAGAGUUCGUGAAGAAGACAGAGAUGUAGAACAGAAAAGCAGUGUGGUUGGCGAUCUCAAGAAUCUUGUUCAAAGAUGCUUAUCUUGCCAUUCUACUGAAAGAAUUUCGGUGGCUGCAGCCAUAAGCCACCCAUUCUUCCACCACUACCUGACUCCUAGUUACAGAGAUAUGCUGCUUCUGCCAAGUCCAGUCCUGUGUCUUCUGAAUAUGGUGGACGAUGGUGAUUUGGAGAGUGAAGAUGAACCUUCAGAUAUUGAGGAUGAUAUAAAGGAAGAGUGUGAGAAGUAUGGUGAAGUCAAGAAAUGUGUCCUUUGCAAAGCUGGCCCGGAAAAAUCUAAGGUGUUUGUCUGCUUUGUUAGGACCAGAGAUUGCAUGGCUGCCUGGAAGUGCCUGAAUGGGAAGACAUUCAACUCGAGAACAGUCAUUACAUGCUAUUAUCCGCUUGACAAGUUUCACUUAGACAUUCUUAACAAAAUUACAUGAAUCUGAAGUAAGGGCAUUAGGUCGGGUAAGAUUCAACACUAGAUAUAACUCUCAUACAAGCGUGAAUAGUUUGGUCGUUCUGUUCAAUGUGAGAGACCCCUAUUGGCGACUUUGUGUAACUUUAUUUAUCUUGCCUAUCUAGCAGAUGCCUAUACAGUCCCUUUAAACCCUAUCUGCCGGUGUGAUACCUUUGUAGUGUCAAUGGUAAAAAUUUUGAAAGAAACAUUUCGUUUUUAUCUGUAGCUUUAUUUCAAUUCGGUUAAAGAAUGAAUAGUUCUUUAUGGAUUAUUGGUAUUGAUUGUUGUUAAUUCUAUUAUGAUUUGAAGAUAUAUUUCGUAAUCAUAUAAUA